AUGCCAAUACGAGAAUAUCCCCAAUUGACCUUCGGAACAACCCCGGGACUAGGAUCCAAAGACAUGGAAAAGACACUCUCUCCUACGAAGAAACAGCGAGGCGGUACAAGGAAGGCUUGCAACGAGUGCAAACAGCAGAAACUUCGGUGUGAUAUCGUCCAAACCCCCGCGGACACCUGCUCGCGUUGUAAAGGUCUCCAGAUUGAAUGCAAGGUGGAACCUUCUUUCACGCGUGUCUCAAAAAGAAGGCGAAAUGCUGAAAUGGAGCGCGAGAUUGCAGGGCUCCGUCGACGGCUUGCCACUAAUACCGAUCAUGAUGGCCAUGCCGUCAAAGGUAACGUCGGUGGUGAUGUGUCCCAGCCUGCAGGCAGCGCAAUCUGGAACCCAACAGCUACCACACUGAAUCAAGGGGAGAUUGUGUCUACUAGUCUCAAACCACAGGAGGAUAAUAUGUGGAGAUUGGAAGAUGUCUCUCUAUCCAUGCUAAGAGUGACACGACUAUUUGAGCAGUUUUUCAAAUACUAUCAUCCAUUUCUUCCACUUUUAGACCCUCAAAAACCACCCGAGCAUUAUCUCUGCCGAUGUCCCUUACAAGCAUGGACGAUCAUUUGCGUCGCUAGCCGACGAGCUCCAGCAGAGCCAGGCCUCCUCGGCGCACUCACUGGUCCGUUCAGCAGACUUCUAUGGUCGACUAUCACCAGCGUGCCACAGGAUUACGCCAUUGUAAAGGCCCUCUGCCUUCUGUGCACCUGGCCCCUUCCCACAACUAGCCAGAGAAAGGAUGCUACCUUUAUGCUGUGCGGGCUGAUGAUGCAGAUUUCCAUGCAGUUGGGGUUGCAUCGCCCCGUUCAAGCAGAAGAGUUUACCACAUUUCGAAUAGGUCACAAGGAAGCUGUGAAGGAUAGGCUACAGACAUGGGUCGUCUGUAAUAUUGUAGCUCAAAACAUUGCCACCGGAUACGGACAACCCCCAGGGACGAUAUAUGACUGGGCGCUUGAGCCAGCGUCACUCCAGGAUGCCGGCUAUUAUCCUCCAGAAGAUCUGCGAACUCGUCUCCAGAUUGAAAGGUUCUGUGAUCGAAUUACCAGGUCUCUAUAUAACAAGCUCCAUUUACGAUACUUCAUAUUCUUAGGUUCAAACCCAAGACCUAACGACAUUACGAAGCUUUUUAUCGCAACCACCUCAUUUCUCAGCCAGGUACUGGACCUCGAAACAUCCCCAGGCCAACUUAUCAGCUACGCAACAAACUAUAUCCUGCAGAUGAUCAUCUCGGCAGCAUUCGGUCUAAUGAAACUACUCAAAAGUACCUUCCGACACCACAUCGACUUCGAAUACGGGAAGCUGUUAUUCAACGGCGCAAUAUCCGCCCUGAGAAGGAUCAGCGUCAUGGACCACGAUCGCCCCGUUCGACUUGCGGACGUACUUGCACAGAUGUGGAAUGCAGGCGAUCCCGAGCAAUCCGCCGAAGAAGAUAGCUUACAACUCAAAGUACGCUGUCGGAUGAGUAUGAGCCACGUCUACGACACUGUCUGGCGCUGGCGACACCGCUUCCGGCCCAGAAAGGACCCUUCGGAUGCUCAAGUAGCUACUACCGCUGAUCCGACUGGAUCUGCGACCAUGAUCCCCGAUCAAUUCGAUGGAUCUAUAGACAAUUCUGCGCUGAUCUGUCCGCCUGAUUUUGGCCCAGGCGGUGCCUUCUUCAACGAGACCGGAUUCGCGGAAAUCUUCGAUUCCCUUAACUGGGUGUUUGACGAGCUUCCUGAUCCUUUUACCGCUCCCCAAUUAAUGUAA